UUCUUAGCUCAUCUAAGCGCAUUGAUUCGCUUAACAUCACCUGUAGGCGAGCUMUGCUAGACCAUUUCCUAGAGAGACUGUAAGAGCGAAGAUCAAAAGCAAAAAUAAGCGUUCUCGAAUUCUACAGCUAAGAUUAUUUCUCUUCUUAAAGAACUGAUCAGAUCGGGAAAAUCCUUCUUUCACAAAUGAGGCCSAUGGCUGGUUUAAAAAUUUUGUCAGCGAUUCCCGAGCUACCAGAAACUGGUCAUUACUCGCCAGCUACGGCAGCGAGAUCUCAACGGUAUCAAAAGAAAAAACUCUCUCGCUUACAUGGCUCUGAACCGAAAGACUUGUCUCGUUGUAUAUUUAUUUUUCCUCCAUCGAUGUGUGUCGAGAAGGCUCCAGAAAACAAUAACGAGUCCAAGAAAAGGGAACUACUUAUUCCUAAAAUUGUGAUAGAAGAAGUGCGCUUUCCAGAUGACCAAGUUCGGGAUCAAGUUGAAAUACGUUCAGAACAGUCCAGAGGCUUUCUCCAUCCGUCUUACGCUAUCUAUGCAUCUGUGUCUGCCAACGAUCCUUGCGCACUCAAGAACAUUAUUUUAUCUGGCAAAGUUAAUGUCAAUAGACUAAAUGCGAGUGGUGUGACUGCUUUACACGAAGCAGCUUACGAGGGAAAAAGCCGGUGCUUAGAAGUCCUUCUACAAUGUGGGGCAGAUGUCGAUAUACGAGAUCGUGAAGGCUGGACUCCUUUACACGCAGCAGUCUGYGGUGGAAAUAGAAAGUGCGUUUCAUUCCUGUUAAGAAAUGGMGCUGAUGCUCGCUCGAAAAAUGACGAUGGACUAUCACCUCUAGGAGUUGCUAUCCAACAAGGAAACAAAGAAAUGGCUGAAUUCGUCAGCUCAAUAACCUCGAACUCUUCUGCUCGUCYACCAAGACGUUCUCUCAUCCGUGCUGCUCGAAUGUAAUUAUUAAUUUUGGUAUCAAACUCAUCUUUAAGAAAGAACUUUUAUUAUUAUUUUUUUUUUUUUUA